AUGCCGAUGUUCGUGGUGAACACGAACGUGCCCCGCUCCUCCGUGCCGGACGGGCUCCUCUCCGAGCUCACGCAGCAGCUGGCGCAGGCCACGGGCAAGCCGGCGCAGUACAUCGCGGUGCACGUGGCCCCAGACCAGCUCAUGACCUUCGGGGGCUCCAGCGAGCCCUGCGCGCUCUGCAGCCUGCACAGCAUCGGCAAGAUCGGCGGCGCGCAGAACCGCUCCUACAGCAAGCUGCUGUGCGGCCUGCUGACCGAGCGCCUGCGCAUUAGCCCGGACAGGAUCUACAUCAACUUUUGCGACAUGAACGCUGCCAACGUGGGCUGGAACGGCUCCACCUUCGCCUGA